AUCAAUCGUAACGGAUUCCAUCACAAAGAUUUAGUUCAGUAAUGUUUUCAACAUAGGCUAUCUUCCGAAUACCGAUCGAGAACCAUUUAUCUAAUCCGCCUUUUAACUAACUAGGGUGGUGAUUACACUUUGAUUUUCAAGAAUGUCAGGCGGUUUGCUCAGACACCUCGCUUACACUCUCACCUCCCGCUGCUUCACCACCGUCUCUCGCCCUCUCGCUCCCCCAUUCUCCUCCCGCUUCUUCCCCAAACCCAGACACCUCUCGCGGCCCAAUUCCCUCGCCGCCGCAAAUAUUUCCGCUGCUUCUUCGGACCCUCCCACUCCCUCCGCCGAGCCCAACGAGCCCUUCGCUUCGCCUUUCCUCUCCGUUCAAAUCCGCUGCCAAAAACAUGUCGCUGAAAUACUUUCAGAAGCGCUGUUAUGUUUUGGUGCAAGUUGUACAAGUAUUGACGAAGAAGAUGACAAUGACCGAAAGGACGAGAUCUGCAUUGAUUCCAUAUUUCCUGAAGGCGAAGAUGUAAAAACCUGCAUUUCACGUGCUGCUGAUUCCAUAAGUUUGAAAGAGAUGCCUAGUUAUGAAGUUAAGAUGGGUGAGCAGUUCGACUGGAUAAAGAAAACUCAGGAAUCAUUCCAUCCUGUUGAAGUUACCGAAGGACUUUGGAUUGUGCCUGAGUGGAGAAUUCCCCCGGAUGCCCAAGCAACAAAUAUAAUUUUAAAUCCUGGAUUGGCAUUUGGAACUGGGGAGCAUGCUACUACUAAGUUAUGUCUAUUGCUGCUCCAUGGAUUGAUAAAGGGGAGAGAAUCAUUCUUGGACUAUGGCACAGGUUCUGGAAUUCUCGCAAUCGCUGCAGUUAAGUUCGGUGCUGCCUUAUCAGUCGGAAUUGAUAUAGAUCCCCAAGCAAUCACCUCGGCACGCCAGAAUGCUGCUCUGAACAACAUAGGACCUGAAAAGAUGCAAUUGCACCUGCUCCCCAGCAAAACUAGCUCUACCUUGGAAGAUCCAUGUGAAGUUGUGGAAGAUCGGAGCUCAUCUGGAGUGGAAACCAUCUUAGAAUCAAACAAGUAUGACGUAGUCAUCGCAAAUAUACUUUUGAAUCCCCUAUUAGAUUUGGCGGAUCAUAUCGUCUCUUAUGCAAAGCCUGGGGCAGUCGUCGGUCUUUCUGGCAUUAUCUCUGAGCAGCUUCCACGUAUCGUAGAGCGAUAUUCACAGUUCUUAGAAGACCUAUCGAUUACUGAGAUGGAUGACUGGGCCUGUGUUCAGGGAACAAAGAAACAGAACCUUUCCGAAAGCUGAGAUAACUUUCUGCCAUUUCAAUGUUGACUGUACAAUGUGAUAAACGAGUCGGACAGUAUUGUGAAUUGGCGGGGGCUUCUAUGAGAAGCUGAUGGUGUCUGGUCAUUCACAAUGUUUGGUGAUACAGGGCAGCGAGGGCACACCUGCUUUGGAAAAAAAAAGAAACAGCAGUGAUCCGUAACAACCUGUAUGCAGCUUCUUCAGUUUUGUUUUCGAACAGCUUCUUUCCUUGAAGAAACUCUUUUCACCCGGGAGUAGGUCAGAUGAUCUUGCAUUGUAAUCGGGUUUCUCUUGGCCGAGCAACAAUGACCGGCGUCGAUGUUUUACAGAGAUGCCUCGUUUCCAAACACAGAUAUUGACAACUUCAGGAGCUUGAAUCUACCUUAUAAUUUUCAUGUAAUUCCUGUAUGGACUGAUAGAGCUGGCUCAGAUGCCGGCUAAUAAACGUUAUUUCAGCUAUUUAACCGUAGAAAAAGGAUUCGACACACGCAGUGUACUGUUCUGAACAUAUUAUUUCAUCAUUAUUCAUUU